CGCUUCUCACUCCCCUCUCAUCACCUUUCUCUUCAUAUCUCAAACCACACAAAUCACAAAAUCACUUCCCAUUUAAUUUGAAGCAGUGUUCGUCAAGCUUAGUGAAAUGGCAAUGUCGUCAGAGAACGAACACCCAGUGAAGGCUUUUGGAUGGGCAGCCAGAGAUUCUUCAGGACAUCUCUCUCCCUUCAAAUUCUCAAGAAGGGCCACUCAAGAAAAAGAUGUGACUUUUAAGGUAUUGUACUGUGGUAUAUGCCAUUCUAAUCUCCACAAUGUCAAAAAUGAAUGGGGAAUAACUUCUUAUCCUGUUAUACCCGGGCAUGAGAUUGUUGGUGUGGUCACUGAAGUAGGCGCCAAAGUGACAAAAUUCAAAGUUGGGGACAGAGUGGGUGUUGGGUGUAUGGUUGGAUCAUGUCGCUCUUGUGCAAAUUGCAAAGACAAUCUUGAAAAUUAUUGCCCCAAGAUGAUCCUUACCUAUGGUACAAAGUACUAUGAUGGAACCAUCACUCAUGGUGGUUACUCAGACAUCAUGGUAUUAGACGAGCAUUUUGGAAUUAAAAUCCCUGACAACUUGCCUCUUGAUGGUAGUGCUCCAAUCCUUUGUGCUGGGAUUACUGUUUACAGUCCAUUGAAGUACUAUGGGCUUGAUAAGGCUGGAAUGCACUUAGGGGUUGUUGGGCUUGGUGGGCUUGGGCACAUGGCUGUAAAAUUUGCUAAGGCCAUGGGCCUCAAGGUGACUGUCAUCAGUACCUCACCUAAUAAGAAGAAGGAAGCCAUGGAGCAUUUAGGAGCCGAUGAAUUCUUGGUUAGCCGUAAUACAGAAGAGAUGCAAUUUGCAAUGGAUACAAUGGAUGGAAUCAUCGACACUGUCUCUGCUGUGCAUGCUCUUUUGCCUUUGAUAGGUCUCUUGAAAAAUAAUGGCAAGCUUGUCAUGGUUGGUGCACCAGAGAAGCCACUUGAGCUACCUAUUAUGCCACUUCUCUUAGGAAGAAAGAUCGUGGGAGGAAGUAACAUUGGAGGGAUUAAGGAGACGCAAGAGAUGAUUGAUUUCGCAGCAAAGCACAACAUAGUUGCGGAUAUUGAGGUUAUUUCUAUGGAUUAUGUGAAUACUGCCAUGGAGCGCUUGUCAAAAGCAGAUGUUAAGUAUCGAUUUGUCAUCGACAUUGCCAACUCAUUGAAGCCAAUCUAAUGAUCAUUCCAAUGGAUUACUACUUGGUUGAGCAUGGAUGAAGAUUAGGUUUCUUUUACCCUGUUUUCUCAGGUUCAUGUUUUACAACUAAGAUGAUAUUUCCACUUCAUAAUUUGCUUCUACUUAGUAUGGCAAUCAUUGUCCCCUUUGGAAUAAUGACCAGUACUUUGAAUAUAUAGCAACCAUGUUUAAGGUUUCUAUUCUAAAAGUAUGCAAAACAAAGUUCCUUUAUGUGUAGUAACAAAUUCAUGCACUCAA